UUUGUGGUUCUCACGCUCGUAGGUUAUAAUUAAUUUAGUACAACAACGAAAUGUGAGUUGCUGUUUUUUCUUUCAAUCGAGACUUGAGUUUUUUUUUCUCAAAUGAUAUUCUCUCCAUGAUUUUUCUCAAUGCAUUCUUAUUUACAAUUUUUUUUCUCUGUCCACGACAUUUUCCAGAAUAAGUGAUAGUUUUGAAUUCUCGUGCAUGCUUCACGAUCCAGAGCAGACUUCGAAAAUAAGCAUCGGCUGAAGAAAAAUCUUUCACUAAGAGUGAUAUUUUGAGGCAAGAGGUUAUCUAGAGAUGGAUUUCACAGAAUCGAUGAACGUUGUGCACAACAGAAUCCAACAACUUGAACCUGAAAAUGCGUCAAAAAUCAUCGGUUAUCUCUUGUUGAUGCAAAACCACGUCGACCACGACAUGAUCCGUCUCGCCUUCUGUCCAGAUUCAGUGAUGCAUUCCAUGAUCAACUUCGUUAAAUACGAGUUAGCUAAAGAUCCUCGUUACCAUAGCCCUCCAUCUUCUGAUCACAUGCCUAGUCGUAGUUUCGGAUCAUUCACUAGUUCAUCAAGCCAGCCACUCUCUGUUUCCGUUUCUCCUCCUUUGAGAACGUCCGGUUUCUGGGAGAAUUCAACGACCGAGAUUGAUUCGUUGCAAAACAAUGUUCAGUUCUUGAAUCUUGAAGAUUCUAUGACAAGCCCUGAUUUCUCUAAUGGCUUCUUUUCUCGUGAGCAUCAUCAAGGUAUGCCUUUAAGAACGAGCAGGAGAUCCCCGAGUUUACCCGAGUUUCCGGUAAAAGUCUGCCAUUACUUCAGCAAAGGAUUCUGCAAACAUGGUAACAACUGUCGGUACUUCCACGGGCAGAUCAUACCGGAGAGAGAGGUGUUUAAUCCAAACACCAACAACCUAAGUGACGAAGAACAUGUUGUUUCUCCCGGAUCACUGGAGAAGCUAGAAGGGGAGAUCAUAGAGCUGCUCAAAUCCAGAAGAGGUGCUCCAAUUUCCAUAGCUUCAUUGCCAAUGAUGUACUACGAGAAAUACGGUAGGACCCUUCAAGCUGAAGGAUAUCUCACAGAGUCACAAAGACAUGGUAAAGCUGGCUAUAGCCUAACUAAGCUUCUUGCUCGCUUGAAGAACACUAUCUGCCUCGUCGACAGGCCUCAUGGACAGCAUUCGGUUAUAUUAACAGAAGAUGUAUCAAAGUUUGUGGAAUGCAUGGGAGAGAGAAAUGAACAUGGAGCGAUCCUAGCUGGUUCUAGACAGAUUUACUUGACAUUUCCAGCAGAGAGUAGUUUCACUGAACAUGAUGUCUCAAACUACUUCUCCAAAUUCGGACAUGUGGAAGAUGUGAGGAUUCCUUGUCAGCAGAAGAGAAUGUUUGGAUUUGUAACUUUUGUUUACACAGAAACCGUCAAACUCAUUUUAGCUAAAGGUAAUCCUCAUUUCAUAUGUGGUGCUCGUGUUCUUGUCAAGCCUUACCGGGAAAAGUCACGCUCUAGUCGAUACCUUGACAAUAACAAGCCUUUACACGGCAUGCGAUAUGGCUCUCAAUACAUUGACAGAGACAUGGAGAUGCACACAUUGCCACCGCGGGUUAGCGAGAGCUCAAGACUUAUUAGGAACCAAUUUCUUGAGGAAGAUGACCAAUUGGUUUCGAAGUCCUUACCUACUAAUUACUCCUAUCUUGGCUUUUCCGAUGACUUUAAGCUAACCGCAGAUGCGGAGCAAGAGGAACAAGCUGGAAGGUUAAGCUAUCUGCUGGACUAUAUGAACCCCGAAGAUAAUGUCCUGAACUUAACCACUGACUAUAAUGACAAUGACCGGAGAAUCUAUUGUGAACCUUUGGACAGUCAAGUCUUGAAUCUACCCGAGAGCCCGUUUUCUUCCCUUUCGGGGAAGGAGAUUUCGACAGUUACAUAGAGAGACAGAGAGAUUAAUACCUAACCAAAAGGGAGAAGAAGAUAGGAGCAUAAAGGUUAGAGGAAAUUCCCAAAGAUCUAAUAAUCAUCGUCAGCAAAAAGAGAUUUGUCUAUUUUCAUUAUCUUCUUUCGGCUUUAGGCUGAUCGAUGGCAUGGAAACUUUAGGUUCUUUAGUAAUAACACCAAAGAGAAAGAACAAAGAGAAAAAUGAUAGAGAAACACAACAAGAAGUUGUUUGCUUCAUUAACAAUAUGAGCCGGACAGUUUGAGAAACAUCAAGUACAGGGUUUAUAUUAACAAUAAUUGAAAC